CGUACAAACUCUUCUCGUCAAGGGGGAAAAAAAAGGAGGCGUUCUAAGAAAAAAAGUUGGAUCAGAACCACUGGUGAAGUUCUCUGCCACGCAGUUGAGCUUCUUCAACUUAACACGAGCCCCGUUGACCCUGCAGCGUUGUUGCUGGUGCUGUCACGGUGGUUCCGAUGACGGCCAGUCAGCAAGAAGAGAUGAGGCCGAUGAUAAAGAGGAGGAGAGCUGACCCACGAAGAUGCUGAGCGGCCGCCGCAGAGGCAUUUCCGGCCCGCUUCUGGUGCUGCUCGGAGCGGCGGGCUGCCUCUUCUACCAGAGCCUCACUGGACAGCGGUCCGGCCCGCAGCAAGCCGCCAAAGAGCCGCCAGACAGUCCGACGGUGGACAACCGGAAGUUGGUGAAAGCCCUGGAAGGUCUGCAGAUGUCCCACAGGGCCAGCGGGCGGCGCCGGGCCUUUGUUGUGAUGGGGUCACACCCACACAGUGACACCGAGGUGCAGCUCUACCAUAGAGUCCUGCACGACUUGGACUAUGAGGUCCACAAGUCCACAUACUUUGAGACCAUCAGCUUUGUGCAGCACAAUCAAGGGCAAAGUGGGUGGAGUCUGUUGUUGUGUUCAAGCUCCUCAGAGAGAAGUUGUCUGAGGAAGGUCGCUUUCUCGCACCUAAGGUCACACCAGAUGGUCAAUCUUCUGCCUGGUCUGGUGGAGGCACUGUCUGCCUCAGCUCUGUGUCAGCUGACAGCGCGUGGAUUACCCAUCAUGCCUCCUGCUUGCAGUCACAACCAGACUCCCCCUCACGGCCCCGUUGGAGCUGACAGCACGUCCGCCGUGGAAUCUGGCCUGGUUGCCGUGGUGAAUGUUUACGUCGUAGUGACCUCCGUGAGGCCGCUGACCGCUUUUCUGCACAACGUUGCCGUAGUGACAGACAGUCAGAUAUCGUGGGCCACACAGCUCAGUGGCUUCCUGCUGCAGCGACUUCCGCCAAAGACUUCCCAAGAAGCUUUGGGGCAAGCUAAGGAGGUCAUAGGUCAGGUGCUGGAGGCCGCAGUGUCUGCCAAUAAAGAGGCUCAAAGCCUGAACAGGUGUGUGUUGUGUUAUCAGCUGCUCACUUUCACGCUGCUCUUUAGCGGAUCCAUCAAGCCACUCAUCACGCAGGUGGACGCGGGUUUGACUCUGUCGGCUCUGAGUGAUCGCCACUUUGACAGACAGGUCACCAGAGAUGUCAUCCUGGAGGACACGCUUCACUUCCUGUUGUCUUUGGAGACGCAGUCAGACGACGAGCAGCGCGGCGUCUUCACAGAGACAAGCGGCGUCCGAAUGUCUGCAGACGACUUUCUUCUUCUACGUCGCUUUCACGGUCACAUGAUGGCGCCGAGGUCCUUCCAGCUGGUGUGUCCCGGCGUAUCUUCGUCCCGCGGCGCUUCACGCCUGUCCGACAUGCUGCUCGCCGUCGUUCGCCAUCACGGGAGCGUCAUUGGCAGGGCCGACCAAUCAGAUGCGUCUGUCAAUCAGAGCACAGGUUCAUGCGUGGACGCCCGCCUCCGUCAGAUCUACUCCGACCCCCCCCUCACGCUGAGCCCCCCCUUCAGCCCCCAUUUGAAGGAGUACCACACAGAAGUGACCUUUGACACGCUAAUGAUCAGAGUCCGCGCGGAGCCCGCCAGCGCCGCCUGUGGCGUCCGCUUGGACGAGCGGCGAGCUUCCAGAGUGUUCACCUUCCCCGUCGGCCUGGGACACAACCGCGUAAACAUCCUGGUGACGGACGACGCCGUGUCGCCGCCGUCCGUGGUGGCCGUCUACACCGUGCACGUGUACCGCGAAGGCCGGCCCAGCCUGCCAAUGUUUGGGGACCAUGUGACCUGCGGCUAUGUUCAAGAUUGUGGACUCGUGGUUCUUCCGAAUCGCCCCUGUGGUCUGGAACCGUUUUCCAGACCAACCGAUCCACUUCCUGCCUGCACUUCCGGACAUUCUCCAGGUCGCUGGUUGGUUCCGUGCCUCAGCUGUUCUGACAACAGGACGUGUGAUUGGCGGAAUGUUGCCUGGCAACCCGACAGUUGCUAUCAUGAAGUGGUGAAGCGCCCCCUGCUGCAGGAGUGUAUGGCAGGUAGAAAGGUGUUGUUCUUGGGGGACUCGACCAAUCGGGGCAUGAUGUACUUCCUGAUGGAGCGGCUCAACUCCAGCUUGGUGGACUGGGACAAAGCCCACGACAUGCUGGUCUACAAGAACCUGAACCACGGUCAGACGUGGGUCAGCUACUCGUAUUAUCCUCAGUUCUGGUUGGACCACAAGCAAAGGCCCACCUUCAAGCAGGCGCUGACCCAGCUGCUGCACAGGUCAGGACCUCUGAUGAACUCUGAGAUGACCGUAUUGGUGGUGGGAGGAGUUCAAUGGCUCAACAGCAAGCACCUGUGGAUGGUUCGUGAGGUUCUGGAUAGUGAGUCUCUCAGUGGAGUCCAAGUGGUGGUCAAGUCUUUGGGAAUGGGCUUCCAUCUUCCUGUGGACGGGAUCCGAUUUCGCAGUCCGAAGGAGAUCCAAAAGCUUCCCGGAGAGAACCAGAAUAUUAUCACUGCUGCAAAGCAUCACGGCUAUGAGGUGAUCGACACAUUGGCCAUCACGAUGGGUCGCUACCAAGACUUCCUGCCGGGACGUUGUGCGUGCCACUUCCAUCAGGUGGACAAGUUCUGUGCCGAGUCGGCCCACCGCACAACCCAACCUGGAAGCCAAUCAAACUAUGCAAACCCUCCUUCAAAAGUGAAGACCAAUACAUCGUCCUAUCAUGUAAUUGGAGCUGUGAACCAGGUGUACGCCGACAUCCUGCUGAGUCGCCUGUGUCCGAGUACGUAAACUGAUUUACAACAUCUAAGACAGUUAUCACAUGGCCCUAGAACGCAUUGGCCUCAAUAAUAUGUAGCUAGAAUAAAUAAAGGACCUACAAUCACCUAUAACAUGGACCUACUAUCGUGGACCAAGAAUAACAAGAAGAUGAACCCACAGUCAUAGGCCUGGAAUAACUAGUACAUGGAUCUACGAUAAUCUAGAAAAUUGACCUACAAUCAUAGGCCUAAAAUAACUACAACAUGGACCCACAAUAAUCUAGAAACAUCUACAACAUGGAUUUAUCCAGACACGAACCUAUACAUGACCUACAAUCAUAGACCUAGAUUAACAAGGACAUGAGCCUACAAUCACAGGCCUAGAUUAACUAUAACAUGGAUCUACAAUAAUCUAUCUGCAAUCAAGAACUUGGAAAAAUCCAGCACAUGGAUUUACAUUCAUCUAGACAUGGACCUAGCUGUGUCUACAACACGGAUUGAUAAUCAUGGACCUCGAACAUCAAUAACAUGGAUCUGAAAUUAACGAGAGCAUGGACCUUCAAUCAUAGACAUAGUAACAUCAAGAACAUGGACCUCGAUCAUCAAGGACAUUGACCUAAAUCAACCUGUGGACAAUGGACCUUCAACCUUGGCCUCAAAAACAUCAAUGACAUGGACCUACACUCACCGAGGACAUAUACCUACAAUCUUGGGCCUAGGCCAUCUAAGACAUUGAUCUACACUCACCUAGGACAUGAACCUAAAAACAUAUAAAAAUCGUGGCUGCAGAAACAUCUAGACCAUGGACCUACAAUCACCCAACACAUGAAUUUUGAAACACUAGAACAUGAGCCUAGAAACACUAGAACAUGAGCCUAGAAACAUAUAGAUUCAUGGCUCUAGAAACAUAUAGAACGUGGAUUCUAAAACAUGGACCUAGAAAUAGCUAGAUUCAUGGCUCUAGAAAAAUCUUGGCAUGGAGCUACAACCAGAUCGUUGGUCCAAGAAACAUCUACAAUUUGGACCCAGAUUAAUCAACAACAUGGACCUAUAAUUGAGGGCUUCCACCAGGAUUAUUGACCUAAAAUUCAAAUAGGUCAAGAAGCUACAGAAAAUGUACUCAAGCUAAGAACCUUCUGAGAAGCAACAUCCUCUGCAGUGGACAUUUUGCAUCCUAUAAAACAGCAGACUUUUCUCCCAAACUUUUGUAACACAUACAAAAGAAAUAGGGCAAAAAUAAACAUCUACUGCAGAGGAUGCUGCUUUUC